UUGACCCCAAACAGGGUGGUCAGGACUCAGGACUGGUUGUGAUCGAAUCGUGCAAACGAAAACCCCCCAUUAUAUGUUACUUACUUCCAGAUAUUGGCGGGAGUUUUUCCAAUUCUACUUCUCUCUCGAAAUCCCUUUCGAACCGAGAAAUUAUGCUCUGAGGUGAACAACAACAACACACACUUGCCAACUUAUCAAUUUCUCUCGCGAUCGAUCGAUCGAUCGAAGAAGAGCGGACAGUUCCAAUUUCUCUCAUCUCCCCCAAUUGUCGUGUAAAUUAAGCUAUGGAGGAGGACACGCCAGUACGUUCAGAAGCACCUCCUCGCCGCUCGAAAAGAGCUAGGGUUCAGACUACUGGAGCCGCCAGUAAUCGGUCGACUAAGAAUACUGGUCGCGGUCGCAAAGAGAGUGCAGACCCGCCCGAUCAGAGCCCUAACCAGGAUGAGCGAGAGGAUUCCUUCGAAGAUUUUGAAGAACCUCGUCCGAAAGCCAAGCGGGUGAAGACUACUGAGGGUGCUUCUGCUGCAGUUCUGAAAGAUGAUAUAAGCUUCAUUGAAGUCAUAAGAAGUAACUCAAAACUCAUCCCUCAAGUGGUUAAGCUCUGGCUUGGACAGUAUGAGACCAAUAAAAAGUCUGCAAUGGCAGAACUUUUGAUGACACUGUUUGAGGCUUGUGGAGCAAAAUACCAAAUUCGAGGAGAGUUCAUAGAUGAGACUGAUGUUGAUGAUGUUGUGGUUGCCUUAGUUAAUAUGGCUAAAAGGGGUGAUGUUGAAGACUAUCAAACAUCGAAGAAGAAAGAUUUCAAGAAUUUCAAAGAUAGUCUUACUACUUUCUGGGACAAUUUGGUAUCUGAGUGUCAAAAUGGACCACUGUUUGAUGAGGUUUUUGAUAAAUGCAUUGACUAUAUAAUUGCUCUCUCAUGUACUCCGCCUAGAAUUUACAGACAGAUUGCUUCAUUGACGGGACUUCAGAUUGUAACAUCACUUAUAGAUGUUGCUAGAGUCCUUGGAGAGCAACGUGAAACUACUCAGAGACAAUUGAAUGCUGAGAUGAAAAAGCGAACUGAAGGGCCGCGCGUGGAAUCACUGAAUAAAAGAUUAUCAGCUACUCAUGAGCAGAUCACAGUGAUAGAGGAGAUGAUGCGUAAAAUAUUUACUGGGUUGUUCGUCCACCGUUACCGAGAUAUUGAUCCCGACGUUCGAAUGUCAUGCAUUCAGUCACUUGGAAUUUGGGUUCUGUCAUAUCCAUCACUGUUCUUGCAGGAUCUGUACUUGAAAUAUCUCGGAUGGACUUUAAAUGACAAAAAUGCUGGUGUAAGAAAGGCUUCAAUUUUUGCUUUACAAAGUUUGUAUGAGGUGGAUGAUAAUGUGCCCUCUCUUGGUCUUUUCACGGAAAGAUUUUCUGCUAGAAUGAUUGAGCUUGCUGAUGAUGUCGAUAUAUCUGUGUCUGUGUGCGCUAUUGGCCUUAUAAAACAACUGUUAAGGCAUCAGCUACUGAAUGAGGAUGAUUUGGGAUCUCUGUAUGAUUUGUUGAUUGAUGAUCCACCAGAGAUCAGACGUGCUAUCGGGUCCCUCGUAUAUGAACACUUGAUUGCCCAGAAUUUUAAUAGUUCUCAAUCACAUACACGAGGUGAAGAAACUGCUUCUUCAGAGGUGCAUCUUGGUAGAAUGCUUCAAAUACUUAGAGAAUUCUCAACGGACCAAAUUCUUAGUAACUAUGUCAUAGACGACGUUUGGGAAUAUAUGAAUGCCAUGAAGGACUGGAAAUGUAUUAUCUCAAUGCUACUUGAUGAGAACCCAUUAAUCGAGCUUACUGAUGAAGAUGCCACAAAUUUGAUUCGGCUUCUUUGUGCUUCUGUCAAAAAGGCUGUAGGAGAGAGGAUAGUUCCUGCAACUGAUAACCGCAAGCAGUACUAUAACAAAGCUCAAAAGGAACUGAUAGAUACGGAUAGACGUAAUAUAACCAUUGCCAUGAUGAAGCGUUACCCACAGCUUCUUAGUAAAUAUAUGGCUGAUAAAGCAAAGAUAGCACCACUAGUUGAGAUUAUCACUCAUAUGAACCUUGAACUCUAUUCUUUGAAGAGACAGGAGCAGAAUUUCAAAUCAGCUGUCCAGAUGAUAAAAGAGGCAUUUCUGAAGCAUGCUGACAAAGAUGCAUUGAGAUCUUGUGUGAAGGCUAUCCAUUUCUGUUCCAAUGAGAGUCGGGGAGAUUUACGAGAUUUCGCGCAAAACAAACUUAAAGAACUUGAGGAUGAGCUUACCACUAAGCUAAAAUCGGCAAUAAGAGAAACUGUGGAAGGUGAUGAUGAGUCUGAUGAGUACACCCUUCUUCUGUGCCUGAAGAGGUUGUAUGAGCUUCAACUGUCAAGACCAGUUUCUAUUGAAAGCUUAUAUGAAGAAAUGUCCAAAUCUCUUCCAACAUUUAGAAACGUGAACAUUGAGGUUGUCAUUUUUCUACUCCUCAACAUGUAUUUGCAUGUUGCUUGGUCCCUGCACUCCAUUAUAAAUAGUGAUGCUGUGUCUGAGGAAUCACUUUUCUCCUUAUCCUCUAAGCGAACCGCUCUCUUGCAGCAGCUUGAAUACUUCCUGCAAAACCCUUCUGAGAUUCAGGGGGAGGGAAGAAGGCUCAUAAAUCAUUUAGCAUGCAGGGUUUGCAUAUUACUUUCAGAAAUGUGGUGCUUAUUUAGAAAGUCGAACUUUGCAUCAACAAAGCUGGAAAUCUUAGAAUAUAGUCCUGACCAGUCUAUCCUUAGACAGUUCUGGGGCCUUUGUGAACAACAACUCAAGAUUUCAGAUGAGGCAGAAGAUGAUGAUGUCAAUGCAGAGUACAUAGAGGAGACAAACAGGGAUGCAGUUAUGAUUGCAGCUGCAAAGUUGGUUGCUACUGAUGCAGUACCUAAGGGGUAUCUUGGUCCAGAAAUCAUCUCUCAUUUUGUGAUGCAUGGAUCAAGUGUAGCUGAAAUUAUUAAAAAUCUGGUAGCUGUUCUAAAGAAGAAGGAGGAUGACAUCUCUAACAUUUUCAAGGAAGCAGUAAUAAGGGCCCAUCAGCGGUAUAUGAAGGUCUACUCUGAAAGCAAUGAUGAAAGUCUAGCAGGGAAAAGCUUCCAAGAAUGCAAAGAUCUUGCUGCUAGGCUGUCUGGAACAUUUGUAGGCAUCGCAAGAAAGAAAUAUAGACCAGAUAUAUUGAAAAUUGUUAAGGAAGGGAUAGAGUAUGCAUUUACUGAUGCCCCAAAACGAUUAUCUUUUCUGGAAGGUGCUCUGAUUCAGUUUGUUAUGAAACUUCCUGCAUCUGACAUCCUGGACAUUCUAAGGGAUGUGCAGGGAAGAACAGAAUUUGUUAACACUGAAGUAGACCCAAGUGGAUGGCGCCCUUAUCACACAUUUGUGAACAGCCUACAGGAGAAGUAUGCCAAAAACGACGAUUUACAAGAUGAAAAGGAGGGCGCAACUGUAAGACGACGAGGUCGCCCACGUAAGAAACGUGAUUUGUCAGGAAAGAAACUAUUCGAUGAUCAAAUUUCAAGUGAAGAAGAAGAAGAGAAUGCUUCUGACCAAGAAGAAGAAGAAGAGGAGGAAGAAGAAGAAAUGCCUUUAAUACAUUCAAUUAAGUCUGCAGCCAAGCUCCGCAAUUUGAGAGUUUCACGUGAUUCAGUGCCAGCCAGCUAGCUCCUAGAAUUCCUCUUUUAGAUCUCUAAAGCCAUUUUCUUGCUUCCCCUGCUCAAUGAUUGGGCAAGUCUUUUUCUUUUCUUUUCUUUUCUUUUCUUUUUGCUAGUUGUUGUGAAUUAUGUCUUGAUUUUAGUGGUAUACUGGUACUAGUUCUUACUUAACAUAUAUACGGUUUGAAUUUGAACUUGUAUUUGGCAUAUACCAAUACAAUAUUUUGAUUUA